UCGCAGUUUGGCCCUCAUCUCCUCGCGCUCCCAUCGACCUAGUGGCCGUCAACUCGGCCGGCCGGCCGGCUCCCAUGCCUAUAUAGCUAGCUCCACGUACGCCUGAGCAGACAGCUGCGGACGCCUCACGGUGCAUUUCGGGAAGGAGAGAUAGGGAUCAAGGAAGAGGCUGGUGUUGCCAUCGAUCAAGCAUGGCUUGGAGUAACAGCUACUUGGACGUGGUGCUGAUCCCUCUCGGCAUCCUCUUCCCCGCCGUGUACUACCUCUGGCUUUGGCGCACCGUCCGCCGCUGCCCGCUCAGCUCCACCGUCGGCAUCAACGCUGCCGUUCGCCGCCUCUGGGUCUUCGCCAUGAUGAAGGACAACGAGAAGAAAGCGGUGCUGGUGGUGCAGUCGGUGCGGAACGUGCUCAUGGGGUCCACGCUGAUGGCGACGACGUCCAUCCUCUUCUGCACGGGCGUGGCCGCCGUGCUGAGCAGCACCUACGCCGUGAAGAAGCCGCUCAGCGACACCGUCUUCGGCGCGCACGGCGAGUACAUGAUGGCGCUCAAGUACGUCGUCCUCCUCGUCAUCUUCCUCCUCACCUUCCUCUGCCACACCACCGCCAUCUGCACCCUCAACCAGGCCAGCUUCCUCGUCAACGCCCUCUCCCCAGCGUCCUCGUCUGCCGCCGCGCUCCGCCUGCCCGCGGUCACCAGGGACUACGUCGUCGAGGUCCUGGAGCGUGGCUUCCUGCUCAACCUCGCAGGAAACAGGCUGUUCUUCGCCGGCGCGCCCCUCCUGCUCUGGAUCUUCGGGCCGGUCCUGCCGUGCCUCUGCUCCAUGGCCAUGAUACCGGUACUGCACAACAUCGACAUGGUCGAGUACGCCGAGAAAGGGAGCAGCAAUGGUGAGGCCAAUGGGAAAGUGCAGAUGGAUGUUGGUAACGAUCAGAGCAGCAUGGAAGUAUGAGAUGAUGAUGCAAGACAAAAGCAUCAGCAUGGGAAUAUGCUUCAAAUUGAAGCCCAUCCAUUCUGCAGUAUGUUUGUUGGUGAUGCAUAUAUGUGCAAGCUAGGGUUCCUUUUCGCUGGCAACGGGCUAGUUUGUGCUCUAGCAACUUACUAGCUAGUGGGUUGCAUUAGUGUUUUUUUUUUACCUUUUUUAUCUGUAAGGAAACUCCAUGGCGUAUUGACAUGACAUCGAUUAGUA